AAUGUACCAUGUUUUCACAUUCUAUAAGGUCGAUACAUGAAACAUGAAAACGCGGGCAUCCGAAGUUACAGGCAUGAAAAGAGAACCGCGACUAACAAGCUGGUAACCAAUUUGCCCUAACCAUGACUGACCUCUUCAGCUAAUGGGUAAUUGCCGAACCCUGGAGGGCAAAUCGGGAAUGGCUUCAAUAAUCACCAACAAACUUCUUGAUUUUGGACAGCAUCAUCGCUGAACGUGGAGCGGAGUGAAUUGUUACAUGCAACAGUAUCAAAGUGCUCUAUUUUGGGCAGAUAAGAUUGCAUCCCUGUCACAUGAAGACCCCCAGGAUAUCUACUGGCUAGCACAGUGCCUUUACCUCACCUCUCAGUACCAUAGAGCCUCCCAUGCCCUCCGCUCACGUAAACUAGAUAAGUUGUAUGGCGCUUGUCAAUAUCUUGCUGCUAGGUGCCACUAUGCUGCCAAAGAGUUCCAGCAGGCCUUAGACAUCCUGGACAUGGAGGAGCCAACCAGCAAGAAGCUGCUGUACCGGAGUGUCAAAGAGGAGAACAGGAUACAAGAGUCAGACUGGGAGAUGACCCCUGCCUCUAUCAACAGUUCCAUCUGCCUGUUGCGGGGGAAGAUCUAUGAUGCCAUGGACAACCGGCCUCUGGCCACGUCCAGCUACAAAGAGGCCUUGAAACUGGAUGUGUACUGCUUUGAAGCCUUCGACCUUCUAACGUCCCACCACAUGCUGACCGCUCAGGAAGAAAAGGACUUCCUGGACUUGCUUCCUUUGAGCCAACAGUGCACAGAGGAAGAAGACAAAUUACUUCACUUCCUGUUUGAGAAUAAAUUGAAGAAGUAUAACAAACCCAGUGAUAUGGUGGUCCCAGAGAUGGUCAAUGGUCUCCAGGACAAUUUGGACGUGGUGGUCUCCCUUGCUGAGAGGCAUUAUUACAACUGUGACUUCAAAAUGUGCUACAAACUCACUUCCAUGGUGAUGGUGAAAGACCCAUUCCAUGCCAACUGUUUACCUGUUCAUAUAGGAACACUGGUGGAACUCAGCAAAGCAAAUGAACUGUUUUACCUUUCGCACAGGCUUGUGGACUUGUAUCCCAACAACCCAGUCUCUUGGUUUGCUGUGGGAUGCUACUAUCUAAUGGUUGGUCACAAAAAUGAACACGCGCGUAGAUAUCUCAGCAAGGCGACCACUCUGGAGCGGACGUACGGUCCGGCAUGGAUCGCCUACGGUCACUCGUUUGCAGUGGAGAGUGAACACGACCAGGCCAUGGCUGCCUACUUCACUGCUGCUCAACUGAUGAAGGGAUGUCAUCUCCCCAUGUUGUACAUAGGGCUGGAGUACGGUCUUACAAACAACUCUAAACUGGCCGAGCGCUUCUUCAGCCAGGCCCUGAGCAUAGCACCAGAAGACCCCUUUGUCAUGCAUGAGGUGGCCGUUGUGGCCUUUCAGAAUGGAGACUGGAAAACAGCUGAGAAGUUGUUCCUGGACGCAAUGGACAAGAUCAAAGCCAUUGGGAAUGAGGUAACAGUGGACAAGUGGGAGCCACUCCUGAACAACCUGGGUCACGUAUGUCGAAAACUGAAGAAGUAUGUCCAGGCGUUGGAGUACCACCGCCAGGCCCUGGUUCUCAUACCCCAGCACGCGUCAACCUACUCCGCCAUCGGAUAUGUGCACAGCCUCAUGGGAGACUUUGAGAGCGCCAUCGACUACUUCCACACGGCACUCGGUCUUAAGCGAGAUGACACGUUUUCUGUGACAAUGCUCGGCCACUGCAUUGAGAUGUACAUUGGCGAUACGGAUGCCUACAUAGGUAAAACUUCCUACAUAGGAACGGACAUAAAAGACAAAGUCCGUGGGACGCUGAGCACCCCGGGGUUGAUGAAGAUGCUGAACACGUCGACGGAACCCAGUAACGCUCGAACCACGGUUCUUCUGGAGGAGAGCGGCAUCAUGGCCCUGGAGUCGCCGCAGUCCAAUCAGGACAAGGCCUCGUUGGACACGCCCCUGCGGAGCUCGCUGCCCCUGGAAUGCAACAUGUACGAGAGUGACAUGAUGCUCGAGACCUCGAUGUCCGACACCAGCGCGUGAUGUCACCGAUGAUAUCAUAGUAGUGGCAGGUUGCCUGGUCCCAGCCUCGGGACCCAUUACCAACCAGACAGUUGGCACUUAUCUAUAGGUUUCUCGUCGUGUUCCCCUCUUGGGGAUUUGAAAUGAUGGGAUUGGAAUAGACUAAGCGAUGGGGAAGAGGUUAAGGCAGAGCUUUUUAGCAUGAAUUUGACCUUCAGUCCAAUUUGUUUUGUUGGAAAAAGAUGUCACGCUCAGUACCAUAUUGUAAAAUAUAUAUUUUUUGGCUGAAUGAAUAUUGCUCACACUAUUUCAAUCCUUUCAUAUUCCCAAGGGAGGUUGAAAGGGACCUGGGGAUGUGAGGUGUGGGCUUGGUUUGGAUUUGUGCCUCAGGCGGGUAGUCUGAAGACAGUGGGGAAAGCAAAGACAUGGUACUCUGAUGCUUAACAGAAUGGAAUGAAUGCAGCAGUAACUGACUGUGCCCCCUACUCCUGCCCACUAGCAGGAACGUGUGUUGCUACCUGUGGAUUUUUACUUUGAAUAAACAAACAAAAAAUGCUGAAUGCAAGAGCGUUUUGAUGAAAAUACUGGUAAUACUUACAAUAAACGUAUGGUUUAUCUUUUAA